AUUAACGAGAGGCGCGUUUUAGCAGAAGGAUACCGGAGUGUUUCGACAAUUACUGUAAUGUACGAGUAUAGAGCUGAAUUUUCGUAGGUGAUUGUGGUUACUACAGUUUCCAGGACACGGUUUCUUUUCUGCAGUCUUUUUAAACGAGCUAAGCAGCGAGAAAUGGCAGAACAUAUAAUGAUGUCAGUGAAUCCCGGGCGAUUUCCUGAUGGUACAAACGGACUUCAGAACUAUCGCAUGGGUAUAAACGGACUGCAGAGCCCUCAGCAUGCGCAGCCGGGGUUAAGGCGAGAUCACCCGGGCACCCAGCUUCUGCACUACGGCGGGACCAACAUGGACACAAGCGGAGGCAUGAGGUCCCGUCCUGGGCUCGGUAAUAUGACCGGACAAAUGAGCCAUCAUCAGAUGCCCGCUAAUGUAAUGUACAGCAGCCAGCAACAGCAGUUUCUAGAGAGUCUCAAUCCCCAGCAGUUAAUGGCAACAGUGCAUCUGCAGAAACUGAACAAUCAGUAUCACGGCCAUCCGCUGAUUGGUGUGAAUAAUGGAAUGGCUCAGAGCAGCCAACAGUAUCGGAGUGCCCUGAACCAGAACCAGCUGCCCGGUAUCCAACACGCAGCGCCCCCUUCCCUCUCCUUAAACGUUAUGGACACUGAUCUCAUCGAUGAGGAGGUUUUGACAUCGCUUGUGUUGGAGCUGGGCUUGGAUCGCAUUCAAGAGCUGCCUGAGCUGUGGCUGGGACAGAACGAGUUCGAUUUCAUUUCAGACCUUGUCAAUAAACAGCAGCCAAGUACUGUGAGCUGUUGAGAGCCUGUUACGGUGGGACAACAAAGAUAGUUUGGAUCGCCGGUUACAAGCAUCGGAAAUAUUGCACUGUAAAGGGUCGACUCCUUCUGGAGAGUGUUGAGGCUCGCUCUCUCUCUCAUUCUCUCUCUCUCUCUCUGCCUCUGACGCCCAAAAGCGUUGCUCUUUAAAGAGACAUCUGCCCUUUUUGUUUGUUCUUUCAAAGUCCGCUUAAACUACGCACGUCUCGUGAAAAAAUAUCUGCAUCAAAAAUAUUCCCCAAGAUUGUUUGAAGAGAUUUUAAACUGAUUUUAUUACAAAGGUACUUUAAUGAAAAGUAAUCACAUCGACUGAAUUCAACCUAAUUGAUUUUUAAAUGCGCUGAUUUAUUAGCAUGGGUUACCUUUUUCGGAUGAGACUAUAAGGGGCAUUGUUUCUUUAGAGUAACAGCGAUCCAACUCGCAGGGAUACUUGAGACUCCAGUCGUAACUUUCACCAUUGUUCCGACGUAAAUUGGAAACUCUGUCUGCAACAACAGGGGUAUUAAAUGUAUUGUGUAAAAGUAUUUUUAAACAAAGUAGCUUCAGAGAGUGGCACCCCCGGAGCUGUUUGACUGAUGCAAUCGUGUAUAAUUUUAACUAUUAUGACCAAGACCAAUAUAAAGUAGAAUUGUACUUUAUGUUUGCUGGAUUUUUUUGCUUUGGGAGUGCUUACAUUUUGUCUACUGCCGGUCGCUUCCGCCACCUCCUGUUCUGGAUAGCAAGUUGCAGCUCCUCAUUGUUGAUCGAUGAAGCGAGACUUUUAAAGCAAAACCACAAAAUAAUAAAGACGUUUCAUUUAAAGUUACUCGAA